AUGGCACCCUGGCUGCGACUCGCGGCGCUUCCGACGUCCCUCCUUGCCCUGAUCGCCAGUACCGCCGCGCCGGUGGUGUGUCAAGGUUCCAACUGGCCGUACGAUCUGCCGCCCGAUGCGAAAUACUACCCGGAAGAUGAAGUGCUGAUGAAGCGAGACAUUGACAUCCAGCAAAAGCUAGAGAGGAGGCCAGUCACGGGAGUCAGAAAGAUGAGCACCGACCCUGGGGAGAAGUUCUACCUGGAGUACUGGGGCUUCGAGCAGGAGGAAGACUUGGUCGACCGUUCGAGUCUCACGAACAGGAACGCUACAUUGUUCACCUCCUUCGAUGCGCCGGUGCGGAUGCACUCUCGCCGAGGCAGCACGCGGGCCAUCAGCCCCUACCUGCGGCUGCCCGGCUGGCAUCUCUUCGAAAAGAGAGGCUUCCAAUGUCCGUCCGGGACCUUGUCCUGCACCUCCAUCGGCCGUCCUAACAGCUGUUGCGCGACCGGGUCGACUUGUCAAGUGGUAGAAGAUACGGGCCUAGGUGACGUCGGAUGUUGUCCGCAAGGGCAGGUCUGUGCGGACUCUCUUUCGACGUGCGAGUCCGGUUACACUUCAUGUCCCAACAAUCCGGGCGGCGGCUGCUGCAUCCCUGGAUACGCGUGCUAUGAUGUCGGGUGUGUGCAGACCUCUACCGCUACAUUCUUGACCGUGCCGACUCCUUCAACGACAACCGUCACUUCCUACACGACCAUCACGCCGGUUGUCUCGAGUCCAUCAAGUAUCUCAUCGUCCCCACCAUUGACACUGACGAGUCAACCCUCGACCUCGACCUCGACCUCGGUCUCGAGUACAGCAACCCUCCCGCCACAGAUCUCUACAGUCACCCGAACCGUCACGGUCACAUCGUCCGCACGCAACAGUCUGACAUGCUCGACCAGCUAUCGGUCGUGUCCAGCCUCUCUAGGCGGCGGAUGCUGCCCGAUCGAUCGCGAAUGCGGCUCUGCCAACUGUCCACCAUCAUCUUCCACCUCCACGAGCAGUAGCAGUAGCAGUGACUCGCCAACCCCAGCACCACCUGUGCGUCCGACAAGCCUGACCACCACUGAAGAGACAACUACCGUGCCAGGGCCAGGUCCGAGCACCCGAUCCACAUCGACGCCCACCUCUUCACCGACGUCGACGCCCGUCAGCGGCUGUCCCACCGGCUUCUACGCCUGCAGCGCCUACUACCAAGGCGGCUGCUGCCAGGUCGGACGCAACUGCGACAAAACAUCCUGCCCGGCCAGUGCGAGCACCACCCUCGUCGACACGGGCAGUCUCACCAUUGUGGCCCCCACCGGCAGCGGCAUCACUGCUCCGGGGUCCCUCCUGACCGGCGCCUGCGCGAACGGCUGGACCACAUGCGCCCCGGACGUUGGUGGCGGGUGCUGUCCGUCUGGCUAUGGCUGCGGAGUCAGCAGUUGCGCCGCCAGUGUUAGUGGCGGUUCCGACGUGGGCAAGGCCGCGCCCAAUUCGGCGUCGAGAAGUGUGUCGGUGGAUUCUUGGAUGCUGGGAUGCGCGUGUUCUCUAGCAAGUCUACUUUUGGGGACUUUGGCCCUGUGA